GCUACUCCAAAGUCCAAAGCACCUUCACUUUCUUCAAACUCUCUUUCCUAUUUUCUCAUUAAACCAGAAAAUGGACAACAUUCAACCCGAAUCCAAACCUGAACCCGAGCCCAUCAUACUCGGAUCCUCCCAAUCCGCUUCUGACGCUCCCAAAUCCACCAUCAAAUUCCUCUGCAGCUACCGCGGUAAAAUCCUCCCCCGCUACCCCGACGGCAAGCUCCGCUACCUCGGUGGCCAGACCCGUGUCCUCGCCGUCGAUCGCACCAUUCAAUUUUCCGAACUGCUAUCGAAGCUGGAAGAGCUGUGUGGCUCCUCCGUUAGGCACCUUCGAUGCCAAUUGCCCGCCGAAGACCUUGACGCUCUGGUUUCCAUAACCUCCGACGAGGAUCUCGCCAAUCUCAUCGAGGAAUACGAUCGCGUGAUGUCGCCGCCGUUGAAGAUCAGAGCCUUCCUUUCGCCGCCGAGAUCUUUGAACAAACUUUCCGCACAUCCGUCGAUGUCUCUGUCAAAAUCAGCCUCCUCCUCCUCUUCCUCCUCCGCGUCGUCGUCGUCUUCAUCGUCGUGUCAAAGCCCUACCGGUGGCGGUUCUGGUUUCUGUUCUGGCCGGAGCUCUAUCGCCGCGGCGGCGCCUGUGGUCGACCGCUGCGUCCAUCAGAUGUCGCCGAUGACGGCGUAUCCGGUCGGCGUGGAGAAAUCUUCUGUGAGGAAUAUUCCUCUGCCACGCUACGGUUACCACGCUCAGGGGAACACUGGAAACGUUUAUCUGAUCCAUAACGGCAACCACUGGCAAUAGCGCUAGACUCGUUUGAUUUCGUCCACGGAUGAUGGAAUGGAACUAAGAGGCAGCUUUUAUUAAAAAGAGAAAACAAAAGGAAUUUUACGACAAUAUAUAUAUAUAUAUAUAUAUAUAUAUAUAUAUAUAUAUCGAGAAAAGAGAGAGAGAAAGGAAAAGCCCUGGAUAUAUGUGUGAUGUAAAAUGGGACUGUAAAAUCGUAAGAUGAAUUGCGGUUUUAGCUUGUGAUCCUUGCUUGCCCAUUAAUGAAUUUCACACCAAUUUCGUUGUUGGCUCCAUUUUUGUAAUGAUGGUUUAACCAGAAGAAUGAAAAAUCUUACUCAACACAGAUGCCAUUUGGCAGGCUUCCAUUGUAAGUUUUCUACCCAGACAUAAAUUUGGUCUCUUAUUCCUCACAAAGUGAUGCUUUAUUCUUUAAUAGCUAUGUAGCUGUCAUUACUCGUUACUCUUUGGUGUUGCUUAGCAAUUUAUCCAUGGCUAUGUUCCACCUUUUUGAAAAAUAUUUAAUCCUAUUCCAUUAUCAGUUAUUUUAUACUUUUUUUUAAUCUAGAAAAUGCAUUUCUUUGGAGAUUAGAGAUAAUUUGUGUUAUCAUAUUAUAGUAGUCAUUUGCUUUGUUUUCGCCCCCAUGAAAAAACCUACAUAUUAUGUUAUUUUUUAACUAACUUUUUGUGUGUCCUCUGCUCUACAUAAACUGUCUCUCCGUGUUUCUUUCCUUUUGAAUUACUAAUAAUGAGGUUCAAGUUCAGUUCUGAGAUUUGGGCCAGAUUCAAAUGAAGUGCUAUUAUGAACACUGGAUAAUAUCUUGGAUUCCUAUUAACACCAGAUAGGGAUACCGAUGCGAUGUUGGAAGGUGGAAACAUAUGUCAUGGGGGACCAGACUCCGUGCAAGACAUUAAAUGACUCAUCAUAAUGAAAAUUAAAAGUAUCUCAGGACAGCUGGCACAUGAAUGUUGAAAUAACUUGAACUCAUGAGAUGUAAUAUAUGGUUCAAAUUAAUAGAACUAACAUAAAAUGAAAAUGUUUUUCUUUUUAAAAGAAGAAUAAGUAUCAUAAAAGAACGAGAAAAAAAGACUAAAAAUAGGCCGGGUCAUCCCUUCCUCAAAGAACGGGUCAAAAAAUUUGAUUUGGUGUUGGAAAUAAAAGGACCUCCACUCACGUAACAUUCAAAGGGUAGAUUCCUUCCGCUGUGAGUUUUGGAAUGACCCCCAUUUUGGAUUGACAAACGAAGCAUGAAAGUGAGCUCAUCUUUGUUAUAUUCCGGAACACGGUUUACUAAUAUCCUACCCCACCAUGUGCGAUCUUUUAUUCCUAUCUCUUUUUAAGUUAUAUUAUGUGUGUUUAAGAAAGAUAAAAGGGUAACAAAUUUAGAAUAAUUGAACAUUUGUUGCAAUAAAAGAUUGAAUAAGAAGAUUAAUCAGACAAAAGAGAGAAUAAAGAAAGAGGUCUCUUAUUACCAAAAAGAAAAAAGAAAAAAAGAAAGAGGUCUCUGCUUGGAGAAGGGACAAAUUCAUGGAUCUGUCACAGGUAAUCCUACUGACAUUGUAAUGUUAUUCUUUGAUGACAAGGAAACAUCAAUAUAAGAAAACCGGGUAAAAGAUAAAAAAAUUCGGUACUUGAUAUCAAAGUUUCAGUAUAUCACCCCCACUUUUGAAAGGAAAUAAUCCACUUGUUGCGAUUUUGAGGCCGGAAACCUUAAACAGGAAAGUUAGAAGAGCAAAAAACAUACAGCAGAAAAACAAGAAACAAAAGAGAACAACACACCAGAAAAUUUACUUUGUUCAGAGCUUUGAUAUUUCUAUUAAAAUUCUAACAUCAAGUUCUUUGAUAUUUCUAAUGUUAGAGUGAUACAACUGGUUCAGAUAAUGACAGAAAAAUAAUAAAGAAAACAAGUUUUUUGGGUCCAGAAGCAACAACUUCUGGGUUUUCUGAAUAUUAAUGGUCUGAGAUUACAAUACUAGAAUUUAAAGGCUAUUAACUACUAUGACAACAAUGAAAUAAGAAAAAUACAAUUCAACACAAUUAAAGAGGUGUUGAUUUCUCUCCCAAGUCCCAAGUUCAGAUUGUCAAGCGCCUCUCCUUCACCAUUGCCUUGCUUCAAAUAACCAACUCCUUUCUUGCCACGUUAUCAUUCUCCUCUCUUUCCCGAUUCCCCAUUCUAAUAGAAUUCCCUUCUAGAACCUCCUCUGCUGAGUCAGCUAUUCCAAAUGUUCCUCUAUGACCUUCUUAGAGUAAACCUUGAGUCCCACAGUAUCAAUACUCUCCCCCAAAACUUUCACUUUGUCCCAAACGUGAAAAUCUGGAAAAUUCUGAUUGAGACUAGUUGAAUCUUCCCAAGAAUUUUAAAAGGAUGGUAAAUGUAACCAUUUGAUCAGCACCUCUGUGCGGCCUACCACAUUCUGUCUCCACCUCAAAACAGCUUCCGGUUGCACUUGCAACUCGAACUCGUCUGUUAACAUCAGGGCAGAGGUUGCACAAAAGUAGACGGUGAAACAACCUUUUUGAGAAGAGACACAUGAAACACCGGGUGAACCUUACUCUCAGGUGGUAACUCCAACUGCAACACGUUGCACUACGGAAAAUGGACCAUAAAAACGGGGCUGAGUUUUUCAUUGAUUUUUUUAGCUAAAAACUUCAAUCUACACGGGUGCAAUUUCAAAUAAACCGAUUCACCCACCAGAAAUUCCACAUCUCAUCUGUGUUUGUCCACUUGCUGCUUCAUUCGAUUUUGGGCCACCAAUAAAUGUUGCUGUAGAUCGUGUAAAAUAGCAUCCCUAUCAACCAGUAACCUAGAACUUCUUCAACAGGGGAAUUAGCAAAGAAUGAAUGCAACAAAAUGGGAGGCUCGCAACCACAUAGCACCUUAAAGGGAGUAGUUCUGGUCGAAUCUUUAUAAGAAGUAUUGUACCAAAACUCGGCCCAAUGCAACCAAUGGGGCCAAGUCUUUGGCUUUGGACUGCAAAAACAGCGCAAGUACGUCUCCAAACAACGGUUAACCAUCUCAGUUUGACCAUUAGAUUGAGGGUGAUAAGUCGUAUUGUACUUGAGCUUAGUGUCAGAACACUUAAAAAGUUCAGUCCAAAAAGAAUUUAGAAAAUUUUUAUCUCUAUCACUUACUAUAGAAGCAGGGAAGUCGUGUAGACGAACCACUUCUCUGAUAAAAAUCAGAGCUACGUCCUUAGCAGUUAACCUGGCCUGUUUUUUUGUAAUUUAAGGGACC